UUGUCAAAUUUGUUAUGUCAGUGCUUUGUUGGUGUUUUGCAGUUUUAUGUUGAUGAGAAGAUGUCUAGAUCACAAAAAAUGCUAUUGCGAGUUCAGUCACCCGAAGGUACAGCGCGAGUGGAGGUGCUGGACUCCGAUGUGACGGCGCAUCUAUUCGAGCGAAUAUACGAAGCUCUGAAUCUGAACUCUUUCGCAUUCACUCUGCACAAGGACAGACAGCGCAAGGAAGAAAUCACAUCCAGCAAAUCGAGACAGCUGCGAGAUUGUGGACUGUGUCAUGGCGACAUGAUAUACUUGAAUCCAGUCAAUGGUGCUGUACUCUUUGAACAGUCUUCCACAAGCUCAGAGACCCACCGGAAACCCCUCAGUGAAAGUUCCAGACCAGUUCAGUCAUCAGAGCCAGGUCCUUCCACGUCUAAAGUCACAUUACCAAUACCCCCCCCACCUCCUGGUGCUCCAGAGGAAGAUGAAGUAGAUUUGCAAUUGUACAAAGUUUCUGGUUUAAUUGAAAGACAGAGGGAUGAAAAAUUAUGUCGACAUAAUCUUAAUGGCAAAUGCGUUCACUGUACCCCGCUAGAACCUUGGGACGAAGAAUACUUAAAGGAACAUAACAUUAAACACAUGUCAUUCCACUCAUACUUACGGAAGAUUACAUCUAAGAACUUUGUGUCACUUGAAGAACUUUCCUGCAAAAUCAAACCAGGUUGCAGGGAACACCCGGCCUGGCCUCGUGGGAUCUGCUCCAAGUGCCAGCCUGGAGCAGUGACGCUGAUGCGACAACCUUACAGACAUACUGACAAUGUACUGUUUGAACACGCCAACCUGGUGGAGCGCUUCCUGUCCUACUGGCGCGCCACCGGCCACCAGCGCCUGGCCUGGCUCUACGGCCAGUACGAGAGCCACCCCGACGUGCCGCUGGGUAUCCGUGCCCGCGUGGCCGCCAUAUACGAGCCGCCCCAGUCGUCGUCCCGCGACUGCAUAGCGCUGGAGACGGACCCCCGCGAGGAACUGGUCCAGCAGAUCGCCCAGCGCCUCGGGCUGCGGAGGGUGGGGUGGAUCUUCACCGAUCUAGUGCCGCUAGAUGUAUCCAAAGGAACCGUUAAACACAUUCGGGGGGUGGACACGCACUUCCUGUCGGCGCAGGAGUGCAUCACGGCGGGGCACUACCAGAACCUGCACCCCAGCGCGUGCCGGCACGCCGCCUCCGGCUACUUCGGCUCCAAGUUCGUGACGGUGUGCGUGAGCGGGGACAGCUCCGAGCAGGUGCACCUGGAGGGCUACCAGGUGUCGGGGCAGUGCGGCGCGCUGGUGCGGGACCGCGUGCUGCUGCCCACGCGCGACGCGCCCGACCUCGCCUACGUGCGGGACUCGUCGGAGCAUCAGUACGUUCCUGAUGUCUACUACAAGGAACGCGACGAGUACGGCAACGAAGUGGGAGUGUCUGCGAAGAGGCUGCCGGUCGCGUACCUGCUGGUGGACGUGCCUUGCGGGGUCGCCGUCGGCGGGCCGCCCACCUUCGGCGCGACCGCCACCUUCCCGCCGGCCAACCGGCCACUGCAGCAGCACCUGCAGACCCUGCAGGCGCUACACCGGCACAUAGCGGCCAGCGAUAGCUUUCUAGAGGCGAUGUCGGACCUGCACGUGCUGCUGUACCUGGCGUCCAACGAGGCGCUGGCGCUGGGCAUGGAGUCGCUGGCGCCGCUGCUGGACGCCGUGCGGCUGCGGGACGGGGACGCCGCCGAGGCGUGGCGCGCCCUGCCCAGCGCCGCCACGCUGCUGCACCUGGCCGCCGCCGACACCGGGGCGGAAGGGGUCCGGGCGGAGGGGGGCCGAGCCGUCUGGACGUGCGCCGUCUGCACCUUCCACAACCCCCCCGCCGCCGCCUCCUGCGACAUGUGCGCCAUGCCCAGGAGCGACGCGCUGUAGCGGCGCCCGCCCCCGCCGCCGCCGCGCCGCGCCACGCCCCGCCCCGCCCCGCCGCGCUCCGCGCUGUUGUUACUGUUCACUCCGUGUCGUCGGCCCGCGAGGCGGCGAGGCUCGAGAACCAAUGUUCAAAAUUUUUUGUAAAAUAUGCCGUGACAACUUUGAUUAAAAAUAUUCAAUAAAAUCUCAGAUUUAUUUUAAAUAAUGCAACACUGUAGUAUCUUA